UCCUCCCUGUCACACACCUCAAAAACUUAUAUAAGAGCGCACCGCAACAGAGAGAGGGAGCGCGAAGUGGGCACCUUGCUAGCAAUAUUUUCUUUGCACAAAGCUUGCACAGAGAGGAAUUGUUAGAGCUUAAAGCCACUCUUUAAUUUAGCCCUCCCUCUGUGUUCUCUCUCUGUCACACGCGCGCGCGCGCGCGCACACCAACAAAGCGAUCGAUCGAUUCGAGAGGGAUCGAGAAGGGAAAUACAAAUUCGAAGAGAAAGGCAGCAGGCCGGGCUCUCAUGGCCGCCAUGAUGGCGUCCAUAACCAGCGAGCUCCUCUUCUUCCUCCCCUACAUCCUCCUGGCCCUGCUCACCUUCUACACCACCACGGUGGCGAAAUGCCACCGUUGGCGCCGGACGGAGGAGAAGCGGCGGUGCCCGAACCUUCCCCCGGGCGCCAUCGGCUGGCCCUUCAUCGGCGAGACCUUCGGCUACCUCCGCGCGCACCCGGCCACGUCUGUGGGCCGCUUCAUGGAGGAGCACAUCGCGCGGUACGGGAAGAUAUACCGGUCGAGCCUGUUCGGGGACCGGACGGUGGUGUCGGCGGACGCCGGGCUGAACCGGUACAUCCUGCAGAACGAAGGGAAGCUGUUCGAGUGCAGCUACCCGCGCAGCAUCGGGGGGAUACUGGGAAAGUGGUCGAUGCUGGUGCUCGUGGGCGACCCGCACCGCGAGAUGCGCGCCAUCUCGCUCAACUUCCUCAGCUCCCUCCGCCUCCGCGCCGUGCUCCUCCCGGAGGUCGAGCGCCACACGCUCCUCGUCCUCCGCCACUGGCCCUCGGCUUCCCCCGCCGUCUUCUCCGCCCAGCACGAAGCCAAGAAGUUCACGUUUAACCUGAUGGCGAAGAACAUUAUGAGCAUGGACCCGGGGGAGGAGGAGACGGAGCGGCUGAGGCUGGAGUACAUCACCUUCAUGAAGGGGGUGGUGUCCGCGCCCCUCAACUUCCCGGGGACGGCCUACUGGAAGGCCCUCAAGUCGCGUGCCACCAUACUUGGAGUCAUAGAGAGGAAAAUGGAGGACAGGCUUCAGAAAAUGAACAAGGAAGAUUCAAGCAUAGAAGAAGACGAUCUUCUCGGAUGGGCCAUGAAGCAGUCCAAUCUUUCGAAAGAACAGAUCCUGGAUCUCUUGCUUAGCCUGCUCUUCGCUGGGCAUGAGACGUCCUCGAUGGCGCUCGCCCUCGCCAUUUUCUUCCUUGAAGGUUGCCCUAAAGCCGUCCAAGAACUGCGGGAGGAGCAUCUUGAGAUCGCUAGGAGACAAAGGCUGAGAGGGGAGUGCAAGCUGAGCUGGGAAGACUACAAAGAUAUGGUUUUCACACAAUGCGUUAUAAACGAGACCUUACGGCUAGGCAACGUUGUCAGGUUCCUGCACCGGAAAGUAAUUCGAGAUGUACACUACAAGGGGUAUGACAUUCCAAGCGGAUGGAAAAUUCUCCCGGUGCUAGCGGCGGUGCAUCUCGACUCGUCCUUGUACGAAGACCCCAGCCGCUUCAACCCUUGGAGAUGGAAGGGCAAUGCAUCGGGCGUGGCGCAGAGCGGCAACUUCAUGCCGUACGGCGGCGGCACGAGGCUGUGCGCCGGGUCGGAGCUCGCCAAGCUGGAGAUGGCCAUCUUUUUGCACCACCUGGUGCUGAAUUUCAGGUGGGAGCUGGCCGAGCCGGACCAGGCGUUCGUGUACCCCUUCGUGGACUUUCCAAAGGGCCUCCCCAUCAGGGUCCAUAGAAUUGCACAGGAAGAAGAGAAAAGUGUUUUGACCGUGGAUAUAUAAUCAGGGAAGUGCUAGUAGUAUCUAGGAAAGAGUGAAGUGGAAAUGUCGUUCUUGUUUUUUUGUUUCCCCUUUGUGGAGUUGUGUUUUGUAGAUGGGAUAAAAAGAUACUAGGAUAUAUCAGAAGGAAAAUAUUGGUAGGCUCGGUAGUGGCGUUGUAAAUAAGGCCAGCCCACGGGCCACGGCCUAUAUAAUAAGUAAUACGAGCAGGAGCCUGGCAGUCUUGCUAUUUCUGCUCA